AUGACGGCCACCGUCUCUGCGCCGGGCACCUUGUCGCCUUCGGGAACUGGUGAAGCUGAUCUCGAAGACAGCAAUGUAUCCAGCCCUCUCAGCGAUGUCGAGGAUGGCGAUGCCAACGAAGAAGACAUCCGGCAUAUGCAGAUUCAAGGUCGCAACGACGAUGCCGACAACUCUAGCCUCAGCGGAGACGAGCAACAAGAUGAUGCUAAAAAAGCCGACCGAUCAGGGUCGGAAAGCGUGCUUUCCGAUGCCGGUUCCGAUGCGGUAUCCGAAGCCAAUGACACGGAGGCUGAAACGGAAAGGCUCUACGACACACCAAGAAACCAACGCCAACGCGACGUGGUCAUUGACCAGUAUAACCAAGACCAAAUCUUCGAACACACGCCUAGUAAGCUCCGGAGUGCUUCUAGGCUUGUUGUUGACGAUGCAAAUGGAAACGUCGAGGAUUCUGCAUCCGAAGAUGAUGCGUCUAUAGCUUCUGAGGAUCACUCAUUGUCAAAGCCUGCCGCCAGCAACGACACAAGCGUGGAUGGUGAAGGCAGGCGAUCCUUGCAUGAGCGGAAACGGAAGCGAUCUCCACUGGCGGAUCAAUCUGAAUCGGACCAGCCACUGCGAAAACGAUUGAUCUCAGUAGGGGCGGCUGAGGUUGCUGCCGAGGACGAUGAUGCGCCUGUCAACGACGACGACACUACGUCGGUUAACCACCUGAGUAGAAACCACUCUGGCGGCGAAGAUGAUGAUGUUCCGACAAAAAGUAGGAAGACGGUUGCGGACAACGAAGAUGCCGAAAACGAAAUGCGAGUCGCGAAAAAACCAACCCGCAACGGGUCCAAAAGAAAGCUCGCUUCCGGAAGCAACUCUCCUUGUGACCCUCCACGUCAGGAUAUCAACGGAGCACAGCUAGACCCCGUCCAAGACGGAGAUAUAGAACAACGAAGCGAGGAUGUCGAAGGAGAUGCAGAUGAGAUCGAUGCUGCGGCAAAAAGCAUCGAAGAAGCGGAGAGAAAAAUUGCUGCUUUCAAAGAUUGGACCCAUAUUGAGGAAAUGUUUGGGAUAUUCAGAGACAGGCUAUACAAGGAUCGGCUACAACGACUCGAGGACGAGGAGCAAUCACUACUCGCAGACGUUCCAACACAUCCUGAGUACUUGAAUAUGAAGCAAUGUUUAGACGAUCGGCUCGAAAGGAAGGUGCAAGAAAUGAACAUGGAGUUCGCUUUCCGCUUGGAAGCUCAUGAGCGUCGCGCUGUGGCAGUUCGAGCUCAAAUUUGGGGCCAGUUCUUCCAAGCUGUCCGUGAACGACGGGAAGCGGCCCUGGAAUCUCUGAACCGACAGUGGUAUGAGGUGCAAACUGCAAGGAGAAGCGCACACAGCCUCCCAGACUACGGGCUGUUGUUUCCCAAGGACCAGGUUAGACGGGUGCGAAAUGCGAUUGCAUACAACACAGAAGUCUCGGCGCUUUCAGGGCUCGCAAAAUAUGAAGGCUUUCCGGCCGGUCCCGAUUUGAAAGGCGCCUCUCCAUCCGAGGUUGAGGCUGAUUUCCAAGCCAUAGAUCAAGCUCGGCGUGGCCGCCACAGAAACGUGACGUCUGUUCGUGAGGAUUAUCCGAACCCUGCAUUCACUCGUUUAGGCCCAGCAGGAGAACAGUUUAUCAAAGACACUCCGUGGGCUAAUCCACACCACUCUGCGCACAAAAUUCACCAGCAAGCACCAAACAUCAUCCCCGCUCCUCGCCCGAAUCAGACAAUUCCUGGCUGUGGAGCCCCUUCAUCUGCUGACACGAAAGCAGCAUCUGGCAGUCAGAAAUUGAUUGAUCAAUCGCGAGGCUUGUUAAACGGAUUGUCCGAGUCGCCAGAAUUGGCGAGAUCUGUUUUGAAUCCAGCUGUUCACCCGGCGAAGAGGGUAUCAAGCAUACCGAAUAUCGGAAGGGGCCCAAAAGCCACUGCUGCAUGA